UAUUUUUCCCUUGGUUAUAAUUGAGGCAGGAGCCGGCUGUUUCCGCCACCGGUUCCUGUGGACGGCGAGAGGGGGAGGCGAUGUCGAGCCGACGCGGACCCCCAAAGCACCAGAAUCGGUACGCCUGGAAGCCCAACGCCGGCCAAAAGAAGAAUGAAACGGAAUUGGGAGGCAAGUAUCGUCCCUACUCGGAUAUCACCUGCGUCUGCCCCCGCUGCAAAGACCAGAUCGACUGGAAACGAAGGUACGGGAAGUACAAACCUCUCGUGGAGCCUGCCAAAUGCCAGAAGUGCGGGAAACGGGCAGUUCGCCAAGCCUACCACAACAUCUGCUCCGCAUGUGCUAAGGAUCUUAAUGUGUGCGCCAAGUGCUGCUCCCGGACUGAUGAGAUCGUCGGAAGAGAUAUCUCGGAGGUGGAGACAGAGCGCAGGUCGCUUGAAGAGGCGAUUAAGAAUGCUCGGGAAAGGGAUCGAAGGACUCUUCUUCGUGCUAUGAACAAGGAGAAGGCUGGCAAAGGAGCAUCAAUUCCCAAAAUCGCUGACAGAAGUGGAGAGGGUGAGCUUUUUGCUGCGACAUCAAUCGAUGAAUAUGCUGAACUUAGCCAACAGCAUGAUAGCAAUGAGGAAGUGGAUGACGAUUUCAUAUGUGACUGAGAUUGAGAAAAUUUUAUAAGUUCCCAGAGUUGCAUCAGGUGCCCUGCUGUGAACCAUUGGUUAUAUCAGUCACAAACCUUUAGCGAUGUUUUAUUUAAUUGUUAUUUUGAUCACCCAAGAAAAUUGAGAUCCUAUUUGUUCCUGAGUCGUGUCCACUUAUGGGUAUCCUAUGGGAAGAUAAAAAUUGAAUUUGCGGUAUGUCUUUGUUUUCAGAGGAAUGCACUGCCUGUAUCACCUGAGCUGUGAAAUCCAUUUUUAUUUUUUGCAUUGUUCAA